AUGGAGCAUGAGAAGAUUGGUGUAGAAGAUUUGUUCGAUGAUCAACAGAAAUGGGUUCUUGAUUCUUCUCUUGAUUGCAGAGGACGUGUUCCUCUUCGAGCUCGAACUGGCGCUUGGAGGGCUGCACUCUUCAUCAUCGCAAUCGAAUUCAGCGAGAGAUUGAGUUACUUUGGGUUAGCUACGAACUUGGUGGUCUACCUAACAACAAUUCUCCACCAAGAUCUCAAGAUGGCUAUAAGAAAUGCGAACUACUGGGCAGGUGUCACUGCUUUGAUGCCUCUUAUUGGAGGCUUUGUAGCAGACGCUUAUCUCGGCCGUUACGCCACCGUCCUGGUUUCAACCACCAUUUAUCUUAUGGGUUUGGUCCUUUUAACAAUGUCCUGCUUCAUACCGGACUUGAAACCUUGUCAAGAAGAAGUGUGCGUUGAACCUAGGAAAGCACACGAAAUAGCUUUCUUCAUUGCCAUUUACUUGAUCUCCAUAGGGACUGGGGGUCAUAAGCCUUCCCUUGAGAGCUUUGGUGCUGACCAGUUUGACGGUCAUCAUGUUGAAGAAAGAAAGAUGAAGAUGUCUUAUUUUAACUGGUGGAACGUCUGUGUAUGUACUGGUAUUCUAACGGCUGUAACUGCUCUUGUCUAUAUCGAAGACCGGGUUGGUUGGGGUGUUGCUGGCAUCGUACUCACCACAAUCAUGGCUAUUUCACUUCUCAUUUUCCUCAUCGGAAAACCAUUCUAUCGUUACCGGACACCUUCGGGUAGCCCUUUGACCCCAUUUUUGCAGGUCUUUGUUGCCGCCAUUGCCAAAAGAAAUCUACCUUAUCCCUCUAAUCCUUCUCUGCUUCAUGAAUUUUCCAAGGCAGAGUUUACCAAUGGCCGGCUUCUCUGCCACACAAAGUAUCUUAAAUUUCUUGACAAGGCAGCAAUUAUCGAAGACGGCCAACCUCUUGCCUUCGAGAAGCAGAGUUCAUGGAGACUCGUAACAUUGACAAAAGUAGAGGAAGCAAAGUUGAUCAUCAAUGUGAUUCCCAUAUGGCUCUCCACGCUGGCAUUUGGCAUCUGUGCAACACAAACUACGACCUUCUUCAUCAAACAAUCAAUCAUCAUGGACAGAGACAUCACCGGUAACAAAAGCUUCAUAAUUCCUCCAGCUUCCAUGUUCUCUCUCACCGCCCUCGCGUCGAUCAUCUCAAUCACCCUCUAUGAGAAACUCCUCGUUCCCUUGCUAAGACGCACCACACAAAAUCAAAGAGGAAUCAACAUUCUCCAGAGAAUUGGGACCGGUAUGAUUUUCUCCCUCAUCACCAUGAUCAUUGCAGCUCUAGUUGAGAAACAACGAUUAGAGCGUACCGAAAACAACAAACCCAUGAGUGUGAUAUGGCUAUCUCCUCAGUUCAUAGUCAUUGGCAUUGCGGAUGCCUUCACACUCGUUGGACUCCAAGAGUACUUCUACGACCAAGUCCCUGAUUCCAUGAGAAGCUUAGGUAUAGCGUUGUACCUAAGCGUGCUAGGUGUGGCUAGCUUCCUUAACAACCUUCUGAUCACAACAGUUGAUACUCUAGCUGAUGAUUUCUCAGUGAGGAGUUGGUUCGGGAAGGACCUGAACAGUAGCCGCUUGGACCGGUUCUACUGGUUACUUGCCUGUAUCACCACUGCAAAUAUAUGUGUCUUUGUGGUCGUGGCAAAGAGAUGCCCUCGCAAAACCGUGCAACCAAGCCAGGCCUUCGCUGACUCGACCGAGGCCGAGUUCAUGUCUGUAGCCUAG